CAUUAUGUUUAAUCCUUCUUUAGGCUUCGUACGUUAGUAAAUAUUACUCAAACUACAUAUAUGUAUGUAUGUAUGUGUGUACAUGUAUUAUAAGCGCAAUAAUAUAAACAAUAAUUCGAUAAAAAACUUGUAUUGUGUACAUGGACCAGGUGGCUGUUACACGUAACAAUAAUAUUCCAUGCUUGUACACAAUGGGUUUAAUGAUAAUGGUAGAGAGAGAGACAUUCUUUUGGAUGGUUUGAUAGUGUGAAUAUUGAAUAAUUAAACAAUUGAGGGUCAUUAUCAAAACAGUGCACAAGAAACAAGCGAUUCGAUUGUUAAAGAGACCGGAAUGAACCAAUGGCUAAUGCAAAUCGAUUGUUAUAGUUUUCCCGAGCGUAACGAUGAGUGGAAAGCAUGGGUCAAUUCGACCAUUCUUUCCACCGAACUCAAACGGGUUAAAUCACCAGGGAAACUGUGCAUCAUAUCUAGUAUAUAUAGUUAACUGCGUAUCGCAUUUUAGUUUUGCGAUUGAAUUUUUCAAUUAAACAAUUGAACACAAAAAUAAAAUAAAAAAUACUUUCGUUUAUGGUAGUUAGCGGUGGAUUCUUUUCGAGAAUUGCAAAGUUGUGUAAUAUCUUGGUGCCCACCGAUGUGUGAUGUGUUUAAUUCUUUCGGAACUUUCAUUUUCAUUCGUGUGCUGAACGAAGAAAACAAUUCCAAAGGAAAUAGGAGAAAAAGUGAAAUCAAAACAAGUCUGUUGUUUUCUGAAUGAAUGCAUUUUUAACGAAAAUAAUUUUCGAUUAAAGAAAAGUUUAGUGCCAUCUGUAAUACCUGUAAUAUUUGUAUAACAAAAGUGGUAGAAAUGAGUCAGAAAAAGUAUCUACACAGUCAUUUUCUUCUGUUCAACACUUUAGUCAUUGUUACUGCAUUUCAACAGCCUGAGUGCAGAAAUUCUGAUUACGAUCAGUGUAUCGAAAUGGCAGAUCCAUUGAUAAGAGAACCUCGAUUAAUCUUUCCCGACAAUUUACAGGAUAUCGAUUAUGUAUGUAGAAAGUGGAACAACUUUGUCGAUUGUAUAAAACGUUAUACUGACAGAUGUUUUACGGAAAAACAGCGAAGGCAGUUUAAUAAAGCCGUGGAAAACCCCAUAGAAUCGGUUUAUCAAAUGUGCAGUCAGCCUGAAUAUCAGAAAGAAUAUCUACAUUACGCCCCUUGUAUGAAAAAUACUGUGACCGAAAGGGCAUUUUGUGCUCCACAUUACGCCCUCUUGAUGGAACAUGUUUCGCAAGGAAAUGAAAUUUCCAUAUCAGUUCUGUGUUGUUCGUAUAACAGAUUUAGGGACUGCGUGUUGCGCGAAACUAGAAGGCUAUGUGACAGGGGAAUCCCUGAUGGUCCUGCGACCAGAUAUGCCACUCAUAUCAUCGAUAAAGCUUUGAGUUUUCUGCAGGAACAAUGCAGCAAUCACAUUCCCAAUGCCGGCGAUUGCGGCGUUCCGACUGGUGGGGUUCAUUCCCCGUCAGAUUUUUCUGGAACGACCCCAUCAACUGUAGAAUCGCGUUGGAAUACUUUCGACGAAGAACUCUCGAGUUCGAAGUCCCUUUUGACAUCAGUUUUAACUCCUCCUCGGUCAUCUGCGGCUCCUUCGUGGAUGGAUUCUUCCGACCCAAUGGAUCCAAAUAUACCAUCGGUUUCUGUGCUUGGUUCUCGUUCAAGACCGUCUUCUUACGGUCGAUCAAAGAGCUGGUCCAACAGCGCAUCGCCCAACGUCCACACUAACAGUAACACAAACCCUUCGGCAAAUACCGCACAAGCGUUUUCUGAUUCGCCUGUGCCACGUUCAUCCCCAUCAUCUCCAUGGGCGACUGUUUCCCCGUGGCGUGAAAUGAACCCGACACGUGACGAUGGUACGCCAUUCGGUUCCUCUCAAAUGUCCAACAGUGACAGUCCGAGCGAUCAAGGCUCGUCACCAAAGAAAACCGACGAUGAAUUGUCCACUACUAACUCUGAAGACGGAGGUGAUUAUUCGUCAAGUAAUGAACCUUCGAGUGCCCAAACUCCUGACGUGUCGAAUUCUUAUCAUUACAAAGACUUUUCCGACAACGGUAGGACCCCAGUUGUUGUGGAAAAUUCACCGGCACUUUUUGGACAAUCUCCAGGAACGGUCAGUGAAACCAGUCGAGAUAUUUCGUUUCUCACUGAAGCUACAACGUCUACGUCGACCGAAACGUGGUACCCAGCUGCUGGUAAUCAAUUAAGUAACGAGGUGGACGAGCCGAAUCAGCAGGGCUGGAGUAAGCCGGAUAAUAAGGGAGAAACAAGGGGAGCAUAUCUAUCACUUACACUUCUUGCAACAGCUCUGACGACAACAUUUUGUUAAAUUUGAAUAUUAGUCAAAUGUUAGUACAAAACAAAAAAAAGUUUAGUAA